GUCCCAUCGGGAACAACAAGAGCUCCUUCAGCCGCUCCUGCUUUUCUGGGCGCGGCUGGAAUUUUGCCCUGGAGUGACUCUGCCCCGGGCUGGUGGCCAGCGGCGAGGCACAGCUGGAGCCGGGAGCCUCUGGAAUCGCAGCCCCAUGGAAUAUCCCGGGCUGGGAGGGCCCCACAAGCCCGGCUGACCCCGCUCUCUGUCCCCGCUGUCCCAGGGCCGCYGUCCCCCCGCGCCCGUAGAGGCUCCGCAGGACCCGGCGCAGGAUGGGAGGCACCGCGGGAUUCAUCCACGCUUCCCUGGCCSUGGGCACCUUCCUGGUUUGGUGCCAAGCCCAGGGCAGCUCGAGGAGCUACGGGCCGGUGUUUGAGGAGCAGCCGUCGCACACCCUCUUCCCCGAGGGCUCCGCGGAAGAAAAAGUCACCCUGGCGUGCCGAGCGAGGGCCAAUCCUCCUGCAACCUACAGGUGGAAGAUGAACGGCACGGAGCUGAAGCUGGAGCCCGAUUCCCGUUACCGGCUGGUGGCCGGGGACCUGGUGAUCAGCAACCCCGUGAAAGCCAAGGAUUCCGGCUCCUUCCAGUGCGUGGCGUCCAAUUCCCGCGGCACCGUSGUCAGCAGGGAAGCCUCGCUCCGUUUCGGCUUUUUACAGGAAUUCUCGGCGGAAGAGCGGGACCCYGUGAGGAUCACYGAGGGYUGGGGGGUGAUGUUCRCCUGCAGCCCCCCACCCCAYUACCCGGAUGCCAGGCAGUUCCCACCCAGCAUCAAGGCCAGGUUCCCUGCGGACACCUACGCGCUGACCGGCCAGGUGGUCACUCUUGAGUGCUUCGCCUUCGGAAACCCCGUGCCCCGGAUCAAGUGGAGGAAGCUGGACGGGCCACAGGCCUCCAAGUGGAUCGGCAGCGAGCCCCUGCUGCAGAUCCAGGACGUGGGCUUUGAGGACGAGGGGACGUACGAGUGCGAGGCCGAGAACGCCAAAGGGAGGGACACGCACCAGGGUCGCGUCAUCAUCCACGGUAACGCGGCCACGCCUGGCCCUGGGCGGGGACACAAACGUGUCCUUGAUACAAGGGGACACUCCAAACGUGUGUCCAUCAUCCAGGGGGACAAUCCAAACAUGUGGGACACAUCUACAUGCAACCGCAUCGAAGUGAGCGGUGGAGAGCUGAGAUUUUCCAAGCUAGUCCUGGAGGACUCUGGCAUGUAUCAGUGCGUGGCUGAGAACAAGCAUGGCACAGUUUAUGCAAGCGCUGAGUUAACAGUGCAAGCUUUAGCUCCAGAUUUCAGACUGAAGCCGGUGAAGCGCCUGAUCCCGGCCGCCCGCAGCGGGARGGUCAUCAUCCCGUGCCAGCCACGAGCAGCUCCCAAAGCCACCAUCCUCUGGACCAAAGGGACCGAGCUCCUGGUCAACAGCAGCAGGGUGACGAUCACGGCGGAUGGGACCUUGAUCCUGCAGAACAUCAGCAAAUCCGAYGAGGGCAAAUACACCUGCUUCGCUGAGAACUUCAUGGGCAAAGCCAACAGCACCGGAAUCCUCUCUGUCCGAGAUGCCACCAAGAUCACGCUGGCGCCAUCGAGUGCUGACAUCAACGUGGGCGAGAACCUCACCCUGCAGUGCCACGCGUCCCAUGACCCCACCAUGGACCUCACCUUCACCUGGUCCCURGACGAUUUCCCCAUCGAUUUCGACCGGUCCGAGGGGCACUACCGGCGAGCCAGCACGAAGGAGACCAUCGGYGACCUCAGCAUCUCCAACGCGCAGCUGCGGCACUCGGGGCGUUACACCUGCACGGCCCAGACCGUGGUGGACAGCGCGUCCGAGUCCGCCACGCUGACCGUCAGAGGACCUCCAGGCCCGCCCGGGGGGGUGGUGGUGAGGGACAUCGGCGACACCAGCGUCCAGCUGAGCUGGAGCCGMGGCUUCGACAACCACAGCCCCAUCGCCCGCUACCUGAUCGAGGCACGGACCCUCCUGUCCAGCCAGUGGAAGCAGAUGCGCACCAAUCCCGUGAACAUCGAGGGCAACGCGGAGACRGCGCAGGUGGUGAACCUGAUCCCGUGGAUGGACUACGAGUUCCGAGUCCUGGCCAGCAACAUCCUGGGGGUCGGGGAGCCCAGCCUGCCCUCCAGCAAGAUCCGCACCAAGGAGGCAGCACCCACGGUGGCACCGUCCGGGCUCGGCGGUGGCGGAGGGGCUCCCCACGAGCUCAUCGUCACCUGGACGCCGACACAGCGGGAUUACCAGAACGGGGACGGUUUYGGGUACAUCGUGUCCUUCCGGAGGAAGGGCAGCCAGGAAUGGCUGCGGGCGCGGGUGCCGCACGCCGAGUCGCUGCACUUCGUGUACCGCAACGAGAGCAUCGCGCCCUACACGCCCUUCGAGGUGAAGAUCAGGGCCUACAACAGGAAAGGGGAGGGCCCCGAGAGCCUCACGGCCGUGGUGUACUCGGCUGAGGAAGAGCCCAAAGUGGCUCCGUACAGGGUGAUGGCCAAGUCGGUGCUGUCCUCGGAGAUGGACGUGUCCUGGGAGCCCGUGGAGCCGGGAGAAGUGACCGGAGUGCUUUUGGGCUACGAGAUCCGGUACUGGAAGGACGGGGACAAGGAGGAGGCGGCGGACAGGGUGAGGACAGCGGGGCUGGUGACAUCRGCCCACGUCACCGGCCUGAACCCCAACACCAACUACCACGUGUCGGUGCGAGCCUACAACCGUGCAGGGACGGGCCCGCCCAGCCCCUCCACCAACGUCACCACCACCCGACCCCCCCCGAAAAGGCCACCCGGGAACAUCUCCUGGACCUUCUCAGGCUCCACAGUCAGCAUCAAGUGGGACCCGGUGGUGGCGAAGGCGGACGAGUCGGCGGUGACGGGGUACAAGAUGCUCUACAGGCAGGACUCRCACUCGGCCCCCACGCUCUACCUGGCCAGCAAGAGCCGCAUCGACAUCCCCGUCCCCGAGGACUUCACCCACGCCUUCGUCCAGAUCCGCGUCACGGGGCCCGGCGGCGACGGCACCCCGGCCGAAGUGCACAUCCUGCGCAACAGCGGUUUUUCUGCCUUACGAAGCCAUGUGUGA